AUGACUGUUAUAUGGGAUUGUGUAAGUCUCCUUCUCAUUGUCCUUCUGGAUGUGCCACACCUUUUCUGCAGAUCCAAUACCCUCUGUCCUCACACCUCUUUCUAUCAUGACUGUUGGAUUCGCCGUUUUCCUGGCCUCUUCCUCAGCCUCCCCAGAUCAGAACAACAUGGAGCUAAAGUGCUGCAGCAACAACUGGAACAAUCUGCUCAACUUUGCAGCCGCAAGUGCUGUGACCAGGCAUCCUGUAAUCUGGCUGCAUUUUAUUCCAAUACAAAAGAAGGAACAGUGAACUGUCACUUGGUGCAUUGUCCACAGCCUGAGAGCUGCAUCCUUCAGUUACAGGAAAGAGCUGUCCUGUUCACAGUCACAGCUGGCAUUGAUCCAGAUCUUCUGGUGUUUGAUAAACUAGGACAUUUUGAUUUCAAUCCAAGAUCAUCUUUGAAAUGGGAACGUCCAAAUGUGUCACAUGUUCUGGCCUCCUCUGCUGAUGUCUCCCCUUUACAGGAUUCUCCAAACCAGAACACUCCUUCUUCAAUUGAACCCCAGCCUCAGCCUCUACCACCUGUUCAGCCACCUCCUCAGCACUCUCCCCCUAUGCUCCUUUCACCUGCUGAAGAUUCUCCCCUACGCUCCUUUCCUCCCACUCACUUUCCUCCCCUAACAGACCCAGUUGUAUCUGACAGUACCACUGUCUCCCCUUCAUGUGCUGGGACAUUGGCCCAAGUUGCCAUCAGUGAAGGUUCCACUCCCUCACUUCUCCCCCAAAUGGACCAACCAAUGUCUGAAGCACUAAGCCCAGCCCAUCUUGACAGCAGCAAACAGCAUAUCAAUGAGACUAAAGGUCACAAUGGGAAGAACCAAAGCUCUGAAGGAGAAGUAGAGGACACAGCAAACCCUUGGAUUGGUCUCUGGCUACUUCCAGGCUUGCUGGGGUCAUCAGUGGCUUUCUUAUGCUGCUGCUCAGGGAUUUUAGCUCUUGGAUGCUGCAGGAGGAGGAGGGGACGGUACAGACCAGGACACAGAGGGGAAGAGGGUAAACAAAUGCCAAUCAGGUGCACUCUGCUCAAGGAUAAUGUAUAA